AUGCGAGACACAUUCAACAUGGAACACUCGAGACAUCCUGAUAGCUAUGAUAUCAAAAAACCCUUCAUGAAGUUGAGUCGCAUGACAUUUCUUAUGCUCCUUGUCAUCUUCAUUUGCAGUUUAAUUGCCGUUGCACUUCUUGUCUAUAAUUUUGCUGUAUGUCCGCAAGAUGAAAGUGUAAGGACUUGUGGAAGUCAGUAUCACAACCAAUUUAAUUCAAAUGUAUUGCCAACUAGUAUACUACCUGUGGAAGAUGGAGAUGCUGAGCCAAUAGUGUACAAAGAUGUGAGAUUACCGAGAUCAAUGAAGCCUAUGGCUUAUGAUAUAGUAAUAGCACCUGACUUUAGUGGUGAAAAUUUUACAUUCAAAGGUGAUGUCGCUGUUGAAAUUCAAGUUGAUCAAAGCUGCACAAAUAUUUCAAUACAUUCAUGGACAUUAAAAAUCAAUAGAAAUCAUACAAGCAUUAAAGUCCUGAAUGAUAAUGGGGAAGGAACUGAUGAAGAAAUUACUGUGAAAAAUCAAUAUUUUAUUGAUGAAAAACAAUUUCUAGUAAUUGAGACAAAUGAAGUGUUGGAAGCAGGUAAAAAGUAUCUGAUAAAAUUGAAGUAUGUCGGACAAAUUAUAGACAAUUUGCAAGGAUUUUAUAAGUCUUCAUACACAGUUGAUAACCAAACUAAAUGGCUGGCAUCUACGCAGUUCCAAGCAACUGAUGCAAGGAGAGCAUUUCCAUGUUUCGAUGAACCAGAAUUUAAAGCUACAUUUAAAAUAACUCUUGGACGUCCAAAAUCGAUGAUAACUUUAUCAAACAUGCCGCUUGAAAAAACAGUUCAACAAAUUGAUCGAGUUCCAGCACCAACAAAAGACUAUGUUUUUGAUAUUUACCAAGAAUCUGUGAAAAUGUCAACAUACUUGGUGGCUUUUGUCGUUUGUGACUUUAAAAAUAAUUCUGAUGGAAAUGUAGGAGUUUGGGCACGAGCUGAUGCAGUUCAGUCAACGGAUUAUGCUUUGUCGAUUGCUCCCAAAAUUUUGAAGUUCUUGGAAGGUUUCUUUGGGGUGAAAUAUCCUUUACCAAAAACAGAUUUGAUCGCUAUUCCUGAUUUUGCAUUUGGUGCUAUGGAGAACUUCGGAUUGAUAACAUUCCGUGAAACAGCCAUGCUCUAUGACGAAGGAGUUUCAGCGAUCGGUAAAAAAAUGACAGUUGCAGCUGUUGUAUCUCAUGAGAUUGCACAUCAGUGGUUCGGAAACUUAGUAACUCCUCACUGGUGGAGUGAUUUGUGGCUAAAUGAAGGUUUUGCCACUUUCAUGGAACACAUAAUAGUCGAUCACAUUGAGCCAACGUGGAAAUCUAAGGAUCUUUUCGUCGUUAAUGAGCUUCAUCAAGUAUUUUCUCUUGAUGCCCUAAUUUCAUCGCAUAAAAUCUCGAUUGAAGUCCAAAAUCCCGAUCAAAUCAAUGAAAUAUUUGACUCAAUAUCCUACUCAAAAGGUGCAUCACUCAUUCGUUCAAUGGAAAAUUUCCUUACUAUGGAUGUCUUCAAAAGAGGACUGUCCAAUUACUUGAAAGAAUUUUCUUUCCAAACUGCAACUCAAAAUGAUUUAUGGCAUGCUCUCACAUUAGAAGCUGUUAGUUCUGGAGUUCUUAGUGCCAAUAUGUCAGUCAAGGAAAUUAUGGAUGGAUGGACAUUACAAACUGGUCUUCCAUUAUUGACUGUAACUAGAAAUUAUGAAAAUAAUGAGAUGAAAUUGGAACAAAAAAGAUUCAUUUUGAUUGAAUCGAAUUCUACGGAAGUGCUGAAAUUAAAUACUGAAAUGGAUCAAUUGUGGUUCAUUCCUAUUUCAUAUACAACUAAACGUGAACUGGACUUUGAGAAUACCAAGCCAUCGUAUUGGAUGAAAGCUAAAAAAUCGAUUACAAUCAAUCAGGAUAUUGACAAUACUGAAUGGAUAAUUUUCAAUCCACAAGUCGCUCACUAUUAUCGAGUCAACUAUGAUGCAGAAAAUUGGAAGCUCAUAACGAAGCAUCUCAAUGAUCCACAACAUUACAAUGAAAUUUCACAAGCAAAUCGCGCUCAAUUGAUGGAUGAUGCAAUGAACUUAGCACGUGCUGAUAUUCUCGAUUACAGUGUUGCAAUGGAUUUGACAAAGUACUUAAAGCAUGAAAUUGAUUAUGUACCGUGGAAAACCGCAAUCAGUAAUUUAUUCUACAUUGACUCAAUGCUCAUUCGAAUGCCAGAUUAUCACUUAAUGAAGCAAUACUUUACAACGAGAAUAGAAAACAUUUACAAUCAGUUAGGUUUUGAGGAUCGUGGAGAUAUUUUACAGAAGAUGAGUCGACAUGAGAUUUUAAGAGCUGCUUGCCAUUUGGGGAAUAGAGAUUGUAUUGCAAAUUCAAUCAGAGAGUAUCAUUUAUGGAAAAUGGAAGCUAAUCCUGACAUCAAUAAUCCAAUUUCUCCAAAUCUUAAACUAAUUGUAUACUGCACAGCCAUAAGACAUGGAGAUCAUGAAGACUGGGACUUUGCAUGGGAUAGAUUCUUGAAUACCUCAAUGUCAAGCGAGAAGGAACUUUUGCUGCAAGCACUUGGAUGUACUCGAGAACCCUGGUUACUAAGUCGCUAUUUGGAAAGAUCACUUGAAAAUGAAGCAAUCAGGAAACAAGAUACAUUUAGAGUAUUUUCAUCAGUCUCAAGUAACGUCUGGGGACAACCAAUUGCAUUUAACUUUAUAAAAAAUAAUUGGAAGAGACUUAGACAACACUUCGGACUUGGAUCACCGAUGAGCACAUUAAAUAGUCUGAUAAAAUUCGUCACUAAACGGAUGACAGACCCUAAUCAAUUGGAUGAUUUAAAGCGAUUCGAUGAUAAGGAAUUGAAAGCAGGAAGAUCAUUGAAACAGGCAAUUGAACAGGCUGAAGCAAAUAUUGCAUGGCUAAAUAAGAAUCAUAAAAAAAUUGUUGAUUGGCUUAAAGUUAAUUUAGACUAG